GCUCGACCAAUCAGAAGUUCACAAUCCCGGGACGUUUAUGAUGCGUUUAGCUCGUCAGUGUACAGUGCAGUUCAACAUUUCUUGUGGAAAUCUUGAGACAGGACAACAACCAGACUGCAUAGAGAGAGCCUAAAAUUGACAAUUUUGACGGGUUGGGCCCCCCUACCCACAACACCCCACCAUGCCUCUGGUUACGAGGAAUAUAGAGCCACGGCACGUGUGUCGCCAGACCAUCCCUUCCAACAUCCGCAGUGAGCUGGAAUGUGUCACCAAUAUCAGCCUGGCUAACAUCAUCCGCCAGCUCGGCAGCCUCAGCAAAUAUGCAGAGGAUGUGUUCGGAGAGCUGUUUGUCCAGGCUGGAGAAUUUGCGAUCAGAGUUAAUGCACUGGGUGAAAAAGUGGAUCGUCUGCAGGUUAAAGUCACCCAACUGGACCCCAAAGAAGAGGAGGUCUCUUUGCAGGCCAUCACUACCCGUAAGGCCUUCCGUAGCGAUCAGAUCCAGGACCAGCAGCUGUUCACCAGGCCGUCUUUGCCAGUGCCUAUACAGGAGACCUACACGACCUGCAAUCCUCCCCCACCGCUCAAUUACCUCAGCCAAUACCGAGAUGAUGGGAAGGAGGCCCUGAAGUUUUACACUGAUCCCUCUUACUUCUUUGACCUGUGGAAGGAGAAGAUGCUCCAGGACACCAAGGACAUCAUGAAGGAAAAACGCAAGCACAGAAAGGAGAAGAAAGACCUGAACCAACGGACGCUCAAUCCGCGAAAGAUCAAGACCAGGAAGGAUGAAUGGGAACGCCGUAAGAUGGGGGAGGAGUUUGUGGAGCCAAAGAAUGAAAUGAUGAAUUCUUCUGAAGGUCUGAAUGGCAGUAUUGGAUCUGGAGAUGGCUUCAAUUCUGAAGGCUUAGAGCAGAGUACCGACUCCUACGCUUAUGACCCCAGCUCCCCUCUCUCCCCGACUGGCCCUGAUGACUUCCUGCCUCCUCCACCCCCAGACAUGGCGUAUAAUGACGGACAGCAUGGAGCACCAUCCCAGAAGCGUGUCAGCAUGCUGAGUCCAAGCCACCCACCUCCUGCUCCCCCCGUGACCUCUCCCACCUCUCCCAACUCUCGACCCAACCUCGCCCCUCCACCUGCACCUCCUCCCCCUCCUCCACCCUCUGGUUUUGGGGUUCCCCCACCUCCCCCUGGCUUUGAUAGCCCACCUCCCCCUCCUCCACUCUCCUCACCCAACGCCUAUCCCUCCCCACCUGCUGCCCCUCCUCCACCUACUAUGAGUGCUCUUUCUCCUCCUCCUCCUCCACCUAUACCUGCAGGUGGCGGCCCACCACCACCUCCUCCCCCUCCACCACCUCCCCCUGGCCCUCCUCCCUCAUCUUUCAACCAGUCUGCUCACCCUCCUCCCUCUGGUGGUGGUGGGGCUCCCAGCUCUGCUCCCAAACCUCCGCCAGAGCCUGUUGAUGAUGCUCGCAGUGAUCUGUUGCAGGCCAUCCGACAAGGUUUCAACCUGCGUAAGGUGGAGGCGCAGCGUGAGCAGGAGAAGAGGGAUCACAUUGGCAACGACGUGGCUGCCAUCCUGUCCCGUCGCAUUGCUGUGGAGUGCAGUGACAGUGAGGAUGACUCUUCAGAGUUUGAUGAUGACCAGUGGUCCGAGUGAUUGUCAUCUCUUUUCACCUUCACUACCACCUCUGUGUCUUUCUUCGUGCUGUAAACAUCAGUGUAUUAAGUACCAGUGAAGUAGGGGUCCAUGUUCUGUGUCUGUACAAGUGACCUAUUACAAAUCACAUUCUUUGACCAAUUUCUUUCUAUUUAUCCAAAAUUAUUAUGAUCAGAGGUUCAAAAGUCCAAAGAUUGAGAAAGAGUGUGAGUGUGCCUGGUUUCCUGAUUUGCCACUGUUGUCAUUGGAUGACACAGCGCUGUUAUUGAUGUGAGUGUUAUGUGAUGUGAUGCACGUCUCUCUACCAAGUCUGCGUAAACACAUCACAUUACAAUAAGAUGCCCUUUGCUGCUGGCCAAAUCUCUGAUUUUAUCUGCUUUAGUAUAUUAUGGCAAAGGAUAACCGAGAUGGAGUACACACCUCUUCCCUACACAGUAUUUGAAUGUACUCAGCAGAAAGACACAAGGUGUUGAUGUCAAAACAUUCUUGCUCAUUUAUAGGUUAUGAUAUAGAUGUAAAAUUUAUAUUCCAUAUUGAAUCAUAUCUACUAAAGAUAAUUAAUGCAAUCCAUUUAAAGCACAGUUUUUUUUUUUAUCACUUUUACUCACCUCACUUUUGUAGUGUUUUUUUGUGUGGUUGUCAUGGGAACAACGGACUUGUGGAUGAGGCAUGGUUGUCACUUGUAAACGAAUUCAUGAAUGAAUUAUUCCAUGUAAUAGGGGAAGUAUCGGCUCAUGGCAGACACCUGGGGUGCUUGAUUAAAUCUCCAUACCGAACAUAUGCAGACAUUUAACACAAAUACCAUGAUUCAUUUUGUACUGUGUUUCAGCUCUGUUACAUAUUUCUUCCUGCAGUUUUUAUUGUGACCCGGGAAUGAACUAGGCUCUGAUCACUGUGAUCUGUGUGGAGUCAGCCAGCCAUAUGCCUUUUCUUGCUGCCUGAUAAGUGCCUUUUUUAUACUGCAUUUCAGUGUCAGUCCAUGUUUAUUUUGGUUAUCCACGCUGGUUAACGAUCAGCUUCUUCCAAAAAGAUUAACACCUGCCAUUGAUGAUACAAACGUAGAACUGACUGAUGUGUAGUGUGGGCCACAUUUCAAGUGCCUUUUUUUUAAUUUUAAAUCAGCCUGUGUUAAAGCACAAUCACACAGCGUGCUUAGCCAAAGUUCUGCUUUUCCUGCCUUAAAUUCCAAAUGAUUAUAGUUAUUUCAAUAAAGAUAAGAGUUAAUAAUA